AUGCUCAGCAGGUUAAGAAGCGGCAGCAUCAGGAACCUGGACCGGGAGUUUGACUGCACAGUCAGGCUGCUGGACGAUUCCGAAUAUUCCUGCACCAUUCAGAGGGAUGCUAAAGGCCACUAUCUGAUAGAUCUCCUCUGUCACCACAUGAACCUGUUGGAAAAGGACUACUUUGGAAUCAGGUUUGUGGACCCUGACAAGCAGAGGCAUUGGUUGGAUAUCUCCAAGUCCAUUAUUAAACAAAUGAAAUCUCAGCCUCCAUACACAAUGUGUUUCCGUGUUAAGUUUUAUCCCACUGACCCUUCAGCGCUGAAGGAGGAGAUAACCAGGUAUCUGGUCUUCCUUCAGAUAAAGAGGGAUCUGUAUCAUGGCCGCUUGCUCUGUAAGACCUCUGAUGCAGCGUUGCUCGCAGCCUACAUCCUGCAAGCUGAAAUUGGAGACUAUGAUGCAGGAAAGCACCCAGAAGGAUACAGCUCCAAAUUCCAGUUCUUUCCUAAACAUUCCGAGAAACUGGAACGGAAAAUUGCUGAGAUCCACAAAGCUGAACUUAGUGGGCAGUCUCCCGAUACAGCGGAACUGAACUUCCUGAAGAAAGCGCAGUCGUUGGAAACAUAUGGAGUGGAUCCCCAUCCCUGCAAGGAUGUCUCAGGAAAUGCAGCGUUCCUAGCCUUCACUCCAUCUGGGUUUGUGGUCUUACAAGGAAACAAGAGGAUUCAUUUUAUAAAAUGGGCUGAUGUCAACAAGAUGAAGUUUGAAGGGAAAACAUUUAAUUUGUAUGCAACUCAGAAAGAGGAAUCAAAGAUUAUUUUGACAUACUUUGCGCCAACACCUGAAGCUUGCAAGCAUCUGUGGAAAUGCGGAGUGGAAAAUCAAGCAUUUUACAAGUUUGAAAAGUCCAGUCAGGUACGGACGGUUUCAAGCAGCAACCUAUUCUUCAAAGGAAGCCGGUUCCGAUACAGUGGGAAAGUCGCAAAGGAAGUGAUCGAGUCCAGUGCAAAGAUUAAAAGGAGCCCCCCAGAAAUUCACAGAUCAGGUCUGGUCCCGAGUCGCAGUUGCCCGUCCAUUUCUCAUGGAUCGAGGUUGUGCAGUGUGCCCAGGACUCGCAGGAGAGCGGUGCACAUCUCCAUCAUGGAAGGGUUAGAGUCUCUCCGAGACAGUGCCCACUCGACCCCAGUGCGAUCGACCUCACACACAGAUACGUUUGGUGCCCGUCCAGGCAAGAGCACUGCCGCAGAGGGCAAUGAAGCGAGCUCUGUGAUAGCAGAUGAGCUAUACAGCCCGGCCAACAGCGUCCUGCCCACUCCAGUGUCCGACCCUGGUCUGGAAUCAAUUCUUCCUCGGCAAACCAAUGGCAGCAGCACUGGCAACUGUGACAUCGCAGAGGAGAAAGAGUGUGAUAUCAGUGUCUCAUUGGAGCCUGAGGAGCCUGGAAGAGGGGCUAGUGCCUUACCAGAAGGUGUUAAUGACAGGGCCGAGAGGGAACAGGUGAAUACGUUUGUUUUAAGUGUGGUCCGUUUGCUGCUUGUGACAAUAGGCCUCCUGUUUGCCUUGCUCCUGCUCCUGAUAGGGCUUACAGAGUCAGAUAUUGACAUUACUUUUUUACGUGAUAUACGGCAGACCCCUGAAUUUGAACAGUUCCAUUAUGAAUACUUUUGUCCCCUCAGGCGAUGGUUUGCCUGCAAGGUGCGGUCCCUGCUAAGCCUUCUCAGUGACACCUGAUACCAGCCAGCCUGAGCUGUCCGCCCAGGGACAUUGAAUCCACAGAUGGCACCAAGUGACCAACAGUCUGGGCACCCCUUCUCCCCUCUGGGUGGUACCAUCAGGCAUGUAAAGCCACCUGUAAUGGACGAAUUCAACCACUGCUGGGAGACUUUGUGAAUCAUCAAGAUUUCAAGAAGGAAUUUAAAACAAGGAGGAAAAAAAAAUCUGCAUUCAACCUCCCAUCCCUUCCACCAUAACCAAUAUGAAGCUCUUGAGACUGUUGUGCUUUAUAAGUCUGUUAGAAUAAGUGAUUAACUAUUAGUAACCUCCAGGAACUGAGUAACAAAGUGUGGAGUUUUGUUAUUGUGAUGUUCAAGAGUUAUCCCGCCUUCUGACUUUAUUAAAAGUGCAGAGACCAUGAUAUUAACAAUUGUAACAACCAGCUCCCAUAUUUAAACAUAUCGAGUACACCGGGUUAGUAGCAAGACAUUUUCCCUCGGAACUGUUAGACUUUUAAUGUUUGUUAAUCAUUUCCAUGUAAUAUUUUAACUAUUUGACAAAAAAAACUUAUUUUGUUUAUUGAACGCUAUACACUCCCUACACAUCCCUGGGUGAUUUCCCUGGGAAGUUUUCUCCACACGGAUAGUGUGAUCGAUCUGCAAACCCAGAAAGGCUGGAAAUGGAAGCAUUGUUUGAGAAUGCAGACUGUUCAUACGGUCUUUAAGAUUGGAAUAAAAAGAAGCCAGGGAGCAA